AUGCUUAAGAAGACAUUAACUUUUGAACUCUUACAGACUCUUAUAAGUGUAGAUGAAGAUCAGACUUAUAAAGAUUUCUGUAUACAACUUCAGACAUUAAAUGACUAUCUUAUCAAGCUCAAGAGUAUGCAGAACAGUGAUAGAAGAUAUUACACUUAUACACCUGCACUGAGAAAUGACAACAAUGAUGCAGAUGUCAUGAAUUGA